AUCGCCGUGCUCGAGCCAGGAAGUGAGGGGCGGUGUUUAACAGGGAUGUUGGGCUGAUUAAAAAAAAGUCAAGUAUCCACCAUGACGGCAAUCAAGCACGCUCUGCAGAGGGACAUCUUCACGCCCAACGAUGAGCGUCUCCUUGGUAUUGUGAACGUCUGCAAAGCAGGAAAGAAAAAGAAGAACUGCUUCUUGUGUGCUACGGUUACUACAGAGAGGCCCGUACAGGUCAAAGUGGUUAAGGUGAAAAAAUCUGACAAAGGAGACUUCUACAAGCGCCAGCUGACCUGGGAGCUCCGAGACCUGAGAGAAGUAGAUGCCAAAGAUGCAAGCAAGGAAAAUCCUGAGUUUGACCUUCAUUUUGAGAAGGCGUAUAAGUGGGUGGCCAGCAGCACCGCUGAAAAGAACUCCUUCAUCUCCUGCAUCUGGAAGCUGAACCAGCGUUAUCUGAGGAAGAAGGUGGAGUUUGUGAAUGUCAGUUCUCAGCUGUUGGAAGAACUUCCUAAAGCGGAAGAGUCCGUGCCCAGCGGUGAGAGCCAGAGUGUUGCCGGGGGCGACGAGGAUGCUCUGGACGACUACCAGGAGCUCAGCACCCGUGAGGAGCAGGACAUCGAGGGCAUGAUGGAGAUGUGCGAGUAUGCCAUCUCCAACGCUGAGGCCUUCGCAGAGAAGCUGUUCAAGGAGCUGCAGGUUUUAGAUGGGGCCAACAUUCAGUCCAUCAUGGCGUCGGAGAAGCAGGUGAAUAUCCUGAUGAUGCUGCUGGACGACGCGCUGACCGAGGUGGACACCAUCGAGGGAAAGCUGAGCAGCUACGAGGAGAUGCUGCAGAGUGUCAAAGAGCAAAUGGACCAGAUCUCACAGAGCAACCGCCUCAUCCAGAUCAGCAACACCAACAACGGCAAACUGCUGGACGAGAUCCAGUUUAUAGUGAACUACAUGGACUUGUCGAAGGGACACAUCAGGGCCCUGCAGGAGGGAGACCUUACCUCCCCCAAAGGCAUCGAGGCCUGCAUCAACGCCUCUGAGGCGCUCCUGCAGUGCAUGAACGUGGCUCUCCGGCCAGGUCACGACAAGCUGAUGGCCGUGACGCAGCAGCAGCACCUGUUUGCUGAGCUGAGAGACACGUUCGCUCGGCGCCUCACAAACCACCUCAACAAUGUGUUUGUCCACCAGGGCCACGAUCAGAGCUCCACCCUGUCGCAGCACACAGCCGAGCUGACGCUGCCCAAACACAGCCCCCUGCACCGGGACCUGCUGCGCUACGCCAAGCUCAUGGAGUGGCUGAAAAACACCCACAGGGAGAAGUACGAGGGCCUGUCCAGGACCUAUGUUGAUUACAUGAGUCGGCUUUAUGACCGAGAAAUCAAAGACUUCUUUGAGGUGGCCAAAAUAAAGAUGGCUGGUACUUCCAAAGAAGCAAAGGGCAAGUUUGCUACGCUUCCGCGGAAAGAGAGUGCUCUCAAACAGGAAACAGAAAGCCUUCAUGGCAGCUCUGGGAAGCUGACUGGCUCCACCUCGAGUCUGAACAAGCUGACGGUGCAGGGCUCCAACAGCCGGCGCUCCCAGUCCUCCUCGCUUCUGGACAUGGGCAACAUGUCCGCCUCUGACCUGGACGUAGCUGACAGGACGAAGUUCGACAAGAUAUUUGAGCAGGUCCUCAGUGAGCUGGAGCCUCUGUGUCUCGCAGAACAAGACUUCAUCAGCAAAUUCUUCAAGCUGCAGCAGCACAUGACAGUCGCACCUCCUCUUGCACAGCCUGAAACAGAGGAAACUGAUGGAAGCAUGCCCUCCAGGAACCCUCCCCUGGCAGAACACAGACACUCCCUCUCUUCAGAGAAGGACAUGGUGCGGCUGAUGAUGACUAACAUUUUCCAUAGCAUCGACACGGAGCUCAACAGCCUCAUCGCGCUGGGCGACAAGAUCGACAGCUUCCACUCGCUGUACAUGCUGGUGAAGAUGAGCCAUCACGUGUGGACAGCGGAGAACGUCGACCCGGCCUCUUUCCUCAGCACUACUUUGGGAAACGUGCUGGUCACUGUCAAGAGAAACUUUGAUAAAUGCAUCUCUGGACAGAUCAGACAGAUGGAGGAGGUGAAGAUUUCAAAGAAAAGCAAAGUUGGCAUCCUCUCCUUUGUCACUGGCUUCGAGGAGUUUGCCGAACUGGCUGAAACAAUUUUCCGCAACGCAGAGCGCAGAGGGGACCUGGAUAAAGCCUAUGUCAAGCUCAUCAGGGCUGUCUUUAUGAACGUGGAAAAGGUUGCCAAUGAAAGCCAGAAGACGCCGCGUGACGUUGUUAUGAUGGAAAACUUCCAUCACAUCUUCUCUACGCUGUCGCGUCUGAAGAUCUCCUGCCUGGAUGCAGAGAGACGAGAGGCCAAGCACAAAUACACAGACCAUCUGCAGUCCUACGUCAUCAACUCUCUGGGGCAACCUUUAGAGAAACUGAAUCAUUUCUUUGAAGGGGUUGAAGCACGCGUUGCUCAGGGCGUACGAGAGGAGGAAGUGAGCUACCAGCUGGCUUUCAAUAAACAAGAGCUGCGCAAAGUCAUCAAGGAGUACCCCGGAAAAGAGGUGAAGAAGGGACUCGACAACCUUUACAAGAAGGUGGACAAACAUCUGUGUGAAGAGGAAAGUCUGCUGCAGGUGGUGUGGCACUCCAUGCAAGACGAGUUCAUCCGUCAGUACAAGCACUUUGAAGAUCUGAUAGGCAGAUGUUACCCCGGAUCUGGGAUCACCAUGGAGUUCACGAUCCAGGAUAUGCUGGAAUACUUCUCCAGCAUUGCUCAGUCUCAUUAGUGUAGCUGCUGUGCAUUGUUCCUUAAUGAUACACUACUGCCUCCUGCUGUCCCAUCAUGCUUUUUAAAUCCAUGAGCACCUCUUCUUUGUGUGCCUGUAUUUCAAUGAAAAGGAUUGUACUCCAGCAAAUAACUUUGCGUGUAUGCAUGAGUUUUUUUUGUUGUUGCUCUCUUUAGUUUCAUCACUCUUGUCCUAAAAAAAUGUUGUGUUUAUGUCUUCAUGCCAAAUGUACAUAUUAAAUUUUAAGUUGCACCGUC